CAGUUAUGCAGCAAUAACAAUAAUUAGCUCCGACAUAUGAAAAAUGCCCUAAACACUCUAUCAAUGAUAUUGUGUUAUUUUGUCUACAUGAUUAAUGCAGAGAAGUAUGUUUAUUUUUAAUUUUUAAGCCCUUAUGCAAAGAAUGUUGUAAAAUGCAUAUUCAAUAGCAUAAUUUAUAAGGAACACCUGCGAAUAUUGAUACAGUAGAUAGUGUUAGAGAGAUGUUAUUUAAUGAUGUUCACAAUCUCAAAAUUAGAUUUGAAGAGUAAGUUUGAUAUGAAUAUGCUAGAGAAAGAGAAAUACUACAUCACUUUUCAGAUGGUGAAAAUUCUUAGCUGAUUAAAUAAAUUCAUGCAAAAAUAGAAUAAGUCAAGAAAAGUCUACUUUAAUUGAUUAAUGAUUACUGCAAUUAAUUGGAAAAAGAAAUCUAAAGAAGAAUCCAUUAACAUAAAGUAUUUUUUGAUAUUAAAAAAUAAGGCUGCACAUCCAGGAGAGAAAAAAGAAUUGCAUCACAAACUAAACACAGUCAUUACUUAAUUGGAUUCACAAGAAAAAGCACUUCAAUCACAAAAAUACAUCAAGGCUUGUUUAGUUGUGAUAUCUGAAGAGAAGAAUCACGAUUUAGAAGGAUUAUCUCUUGAUAUUGAUAAUGCUUUAAAACAUUAUUUGGAUAAUAUGUUUGAGAUAUGCAUUCAUGACGAUAAAUUACAAAAAAUUAGUAAUUUUUUUCUUUACUCUACUCAUAGGUGAUGCUUUGAAGGAAUACGUUGAAAUUCAUUAAGCUAAUUUGGCAGAAGAAUUAGAAUAUUACACUUAAUAAAUUAGAGAAAACAAAAGAAUUUCUGGCAUGCAAUAGUAAUUGUAUAAUUAGCAAUUGAAACAAGUUAAUAAAAAAUAAGAGAUCAAUCCUCCUAUUUCCUAAACAAUUCCUUAAAGCAAGCUGAAUUAUUCAACUAUUUAUGAUGCUCCUCAUUACUAAUAGAGUAUACGUAAAAAUAAAUCAAUAUCAAACUUAAUAGAUUCUUCACUUCAACAAUCCAGGCUUGGUCCAACAUCUAAGAAUUAUGAAACUAGAUUGCAACAGAAUAAUGAAAAAUUGAAGUAAUUUUAUGGAUGAUAUUUAAAUUAAAAAUUAUAUAAAUAACAGCAA